CACAUGUUCUCUAUCCGUCUCAUUCUCAUUUAACUUAUGAUGAGGUCUCUUUGUCUAGUUGGGUUGUGCAAGUUGUAAUAUAAAGAUGAUCAACUUUUAUUAAGUGUAGGUUUAUGUGGAAAAAAAGCCAUUGUGGGAAACCCUUCUAGAAGCCUCCUCACCCGAUGUCAUGCCAGAUAUAAAAGUGCAUUCAGGGACUAUCACGUUGAACCUUUUGAGACUACAGGCUCAUGGUAACCAAAUAUUUCUGGCUUCUGUUGCGUUAUCCCCGUCAUUCUGAGGACAACACGUGUGGCCAGCAGACGUUGCAGCAUGGAACAGGACAACAGCCAAUGCAGCAUGUUCAAGAUGCCCUCCUGCUGGGCGGCCUGCCAGCCUGUCAAUACGGCAUUUUGAUGUCGGAUGAAAAUGAGAGCACCCCCCUCACACCCCCCGCAACAGAGAGAGAGGGGCUGGAACAGAGAAAGAGAGGACUCGAAAAGGGAAGAACCCUCGACAGAUGGACUCGCUAGUGAUUAAAGAUGGCGGCGGUCUUUGCUACGGACCACGAAGGAGGCUGCUGGAGCCGUAGUCCGGCGGCGGAGAACCGGGUAGCCCACAGGAGGCGAAAGAGGCAGAUACAAAUGGAUGGAAAAGACCAAGUCGGGCGACCUUUCCUUUUCAUGGAAUCCAGGCGCAUUUUACAUGAACCCAAAACAUGUCAUAACUUUGCAAUGGAAUCGUCAGUGAUUGAACGUACGGCUGGAGGAUGCAGCGGAGGGAUGUUCAACCACGAGGAGUUACUUUGCUGUGGCGAAAGUAGGCAUCUGGAUCUAGUUAUCGUGUUUUUCGCCCUCAACGGGGACAUUCUACUUGGAUGCCAGGACUAUGAGCGUGAGCAACCACGGGGGCUUCCUGGUCGACCCGGGUGGCAGCUUCAAUGAGGAUGCACCCAGACCUCCAGUUCCUGGGGAAGAGGGCGAGCUGGUGCUCACCGAGUGCCACAGCUCCGGCAUCCCGCUAUCCAGAAGCCUCAAAUGUGAAGCGUCCGUGGCCACGCCCAGGCGGCCGGACCAGGACUUGGGCUACGAGCCAGAGGGCAGUGCCUCUCCGACGCCGCCUUACCUGAGAUGGGCGGAGUCGCUUCACUCGCUGCUGGACGACCAGGAUGGCAUCCAUCUCUUCAGGAUGUUCCUCAAGCAGGAGGCAUGUGCCGACCUGUUGGACUUUUGGUUUGCGUGCAGCGGCUUCCGCAAACUUGAAACUGCUGAAGGCAACGAUGAGAAGCGGCUAAAACUGGCGAAAGCCAUCUAUAAGAAAUAUGUCCUGGACAACAACGCUAUUGUUUCCAGGCAGAUCAAACCGGCGACUAAGUCUUUCAUCAAAGACUGUGUGAUGAAGCUACAUAUCGAUCCGGCCAUGUUCGACCAGGCUCAGACUGAAAUCCAGACAACAAUGGAGGAAAACACCUACCCUUUAUUCCUUAAAUCAGAUAUAUAUUUGAAACACGCUCAGACAGGGGGAGAGAGUCCCAAACCGUAUGCUGAUCAAAGCCCACUUCAGGGUCACACAAAGAAUCUGGCGGGCUAUUUGCCGACAUUAAAUGAACAUGAGGAGUGGAGAUGUGACCAAGAGUCGGAAGAGCACCCCGAGUGUGACCUCACGCCCAGCAGCAGGCUCACUCAGAGGCUGCUCACGGAGACGCCGUCACAUCGCACCGCAGGAAGAUUCCAGGAAGAGUACAGACAUACACCCGGUCGGGAGCCCGCCGACUGCUACUAUGCCAACGCCGGUCAUGCAUUGGCUCCAGCCACCAGCGCCAACGACAGUGAGCAGCAGAGUAUGUCCAGCGACGCCGACACGCUUUCCCUUACUGACAGCAGCGUAGAUGGCAUCCCGCCCUACAGAUACCACAAACCUCAUCGGCGGGAGAUGCACGAGAGCGCUCGAGCAAAUGGGCGCGUGCCGCUGCCGAUCAUCCCCCGCACCAACAGGAUUCCGAAAGACAUCCACGUGGCGCCGGAGCGCUUCGCCGCUGACCUGAUCCUCCGCCUGGAGGGCGUCCUGAGAGAGAGGGAGACAGAGGAGCGACUCAGGAGGUUGCGACUGGAAGAGGAAGGCGACGAAGGCUUCCCCGCUGAUGUUCAUCCACAGAACUACGCCGACUACUAUGGCCCCUUCCUGAGAGACGCCCAUGAGGAGAACCCCGAGAGCAUCCUAGACGAGCACGUCCAACGUGUCAUGAAAACUCCAGGUUGCCAAUCACCCGGAACGGGCCGCCACUCUCCCAAGUCCCGCUCACCGGAGACUUUCAAAGGGCCGCCGCCGCCGCCCUGGGCAGCUCCGGGUAAACAUCCUUCCAGGCAAGCUGUCAAAGGAGAGUCGAGUCACCACUGUAAGCAUCACACCCACCAGUCGGAGUCACCUUGGGGCGUGGCAUCCACAAACAUGGAGCAUGGAGCUUACGGGAGCAAAGGUGGUGCACAGUGUAGACGAGCAUUCAAGCGUGGGGAGGAAGCAGCAGCCCCCGUGGAAGACUUGGAGAAGAAGCAGAAGAUCCUCUUGUGGCUAAUGGAGGGACAGAAGGAGAUGAUCCGACACAAGAGGAGCCCGUACGGUAGCACCGCUUGCUCGAGGAAGGUCCCGGGCCAGCCCAGCUGCUCUUGGGACAACGUGCAGCCGUCACAUCCUUUCAUCCAGGACCCCACUAUGCCCCCCAACCCUGCCCCGAGCCCCCUCAUCCAGCUGGAAGAGGUCCGCCGGCGGCUGGCAGAGGAGAAGAUGAUCAAAUCUGGAACGUUGCAGCCCAAGCAACGGUAUGUGAUGGAGGUGAUCCAGCGGGGUCGCACUGCACUCAGGCCUUCAUUGUUCCCGCCGCUCAGCGUGGUGCCCGCCGUGUCAGACUGCGAGCUUUCCGAGCCCGAGCACAAAGCGACUAAAAAGCAACCGUGCAACAGCAUGACGGUGGCGUACUACUUCUGCGGAGAGCCCAUCCCGUACAGGACCUCCGUCAAGGGCCGGCUGGUGACACUCGGCCAGUUUAAAGAGCUGCUGACCAAGAAAGGAAAUUACAGGUAUUAUUUCAAGAAGGUGAGCGACGAGUUUGACUGCGGAGUGGUGUUUGAGGAGGUGCGCGAGGACGACGCCACACUGCCUACCUUUGAGGAGAAGAUCAUCGGCAAAGUGGAAAAGAUCGACUGAGACACGGACGUGAGGAGGGGAAAACGCAUGAGAGCGAUCGAUGAAGGUGAACAGGAAGUGGGUGGAAAGCAAAACAGGAAGUGCUUCAUGGAGGCGUACGAUGUAGCUUUGUAAAGUUUACUUCCGAAAAGCGCUGCCGAUGUUUUUUUUUACGGUGUAAUCACUGGUCCUUUUUAAAGUAACCGCACUUAUUGUGAUUCUUUUUUUAAAUGUAAUGAUACCAGGUGUGUACAGUUUGUGGUAACCAAUAACAUUUAUAUCUAUUUAACUAUUUAAAAUUUGAUAUCCUAUUGACGCCCCGCCCCUCUACCCCCGAUGAAGACGAUCACAAUCCUUUUUAAAAGGAUUCUAUUUAUGACUUAUUUCUAAAUGCCACUUAAGUGUAAUUUAUUAUUUUGUAACAUUUUAGUCAGGCAGCACUUUGGGCGCCUCAGUUAUGAAGACAUGAUUUGGGGGCUUCUUGUAGCAAGUCCACGAUUGGGAUACGUUAUUCCCCAAAAUUUGAUAGACCACCCUGACGGUGUAAAAUUGUUGUUGUGUUAUUGGGCCAUUCCAUUCAUUUCACCCAAGUGUUGGUAAAAUGGCCUCUCACGAACACUGCGAGGGAGCUGUCAAAACAAAAUUGCAAUUGUAGAUUUGAACAUCUAUGCAAGCUGCUUUCAAGUUAUUAUUAGAAUUGGCCUGUUUGAGGUUACGGUCAUCUUUUACAUGACAUAUCGUAUCAUAGCAUUUUUGAAUGAAGGCUUAUUCCAGCAACAAAAUAAGUGCCUCUCAUUUUGGUGCCUGGAAGGAUGGUCUCCUUUAAAAGCCUUCUGAAAAUGAACGCAGACUAGUUCAAAACUGUUUGGGGUCAUUGUAACAGGUGGGAAGCCUCGUUGACGUUCAUUGGUCAACAUCCGUGACAUUUGUUACGCUACAAAGAUGCAAAGCUGAAAGGAUGCACAUGUUAAAAACAUAAAUAAAUGUAUCGCUUGAAAUUAUUUCGACCACUUAUGGAGGUGAUUGAGGGCAAUACCUGAAAUUGAUUUUUUUCCUUAUGACAAGCCUGUGUUGCCUCAAACGGGUUUUGAAGGCAAUAAAAACAAAUUAUCAUCAUGGGAGCGGUUACUAUUUGCUCCAUGGCACCCCCUAUAGGAGUGGAGGCUCAUUAACUUGACAGGGGUAAAUAUCCAUACGUUUUUUUUUUUUUCCCCCCAAUGCCAAGAUGACUGAUGAAUGUACACGCUAAAACACACACACAAAUAUUUGUCCAAGCACACUCGCGCCAACCUUAGUGCUUGUACAACUUGAGGGAUGAUGUCCUGGAUGGUCGAUCUUAGACCACCAAAGUAGGAGUUCUGGGGUUGCCAUGGCAACAACCGUGCCCAUUUUCUUUUGAGGACAAGCCAGUGUAGCAUAUCGCAUGGACAUGAUUUUUGGAGCUGUUAUUUUGAAGGUCAAUUAAUUACAUAUCAGGUUUGAUUAACAAAAAAAAAAAAAAAAAAAAAAGCUCUGCAUUUAUAAUAUUCAUUCAGUCAUUGAAACUUGUGGCGUAGGAGGUGAGAAUGUGUCGAAGCUCACAGAAGAGAAGUGUGCGAAUGUCACAAAGUCUAAAGAAGGCUCAGAAAUUGUUGUUGAAGGACACAGUGGGACGUCAUUCACUUAGUGGCAUGAAGUCUAAGCCGCUGUUGAUGUUGAAGUAGACCUUGACGGUCUUAUUAUUCGUGUUGCUGCAGGGUAGGAAGAACCAUGUGAUGGAAUGUCCACAAAGCUAAUAAUUUAGAUACACGAUAUAGCUAAUAUAUUUGUCAUACUUUAAGGAAAUAAUUUAAUUUAUGGAUGUCACUUUUCAUGUUGUAGUCUUUUGUGAGAAGCCCUUUUAUUUUCAAGCUCCCAAAAUGUCAUUCAAAUGCAUCAGUGACAUCAGAGUGCCUUUUUAUUGUUAUUGUUAUUAUCAUGAUUAUUGUUACUACUAUUAUUGUUGUUGUUUUAUAUGUAAAUGUCCGCAACAUGACGUGUCAUCAGCCAGCAGCCCAGUCAGAACAUUCAUAACUUCACAAGAGAGAGGAGAGGGGGGAA